UGAGAUGUUGUAGUCGGCGACGGCAAUAGAGAUCAGACUGUGAACAGAAUUCAAGAAAGUUGUAGACAUGCAGUGUGCUGGGAUGGGAAUGCCCGUUGUUACUGCCAUUGCCGUGUUCGCUAUCAGCCUUCAAUAUGCAGCUUCAAUCAGCCUGGACGAAGGUCCACAGAGACAGAUCGCUGCAAAUGUGGGCGACACGGUCGUAUUCACUUGCGACCUGCGGGAUGUCGGGGCAAGGAGGGUGCACUGGUACCGCAAGGAGACCAGACGGUACCUCAGUAUCAACCGUGUCAUAUACAGACGACUCCCUAACGAGUUGGAGGCACGACUGUCGAUUCUAGGCGAUCCGGGGCGAGAGCAGUUCAAUCUAAGAAUACAAGACCUAAAGCAAUCGGACAGUGGGACCUAUAUCUGCCAAUACGCGUUUCCAGAAAGAUCGGCCGUGUCGGCCGGGAGUUCCACCCUGACGGUCUACAUCCCCCCGGACCCUGGGUCGCCAGAGUGCCGUGUUGACUCCACCAGGACAGCGGGGGCUCAUCAGGUUGGUGACUGGGUGACUCUUCGCUGCAACUCCACAGGCAACCCGCCUCCGCUGGUCACCUAUCAUAGAGGGGACUCCACAGAGGUCCUAGUCAGCUCGGCAUCGCCCGUGGCUCACCAGCGGCAGCUGGUACCGCAGGAUAACGGAGUAGAUUUUACCUGUACAAUGACAUCCCCGGUCCUGAGUGGACCCAGGACCUGCUCCGUGAGACCCUUGGAGAUAUUCCCGAGAGUCGAGGUGAAACCGGCUCAGGUGACAGCCGAAGAAGGCACCGGAGCAUCCUUGGUUUGCAGAGGAAUCGGCGAACCCAGCAUCGCAAGCUACAGGUGGGUGAUAAGAGACACAGUAACCAAGAGAGAACUGCAUAGGAAUCGUUACGAGUUGAAUCAAACCCAGCAGUCCUUGGAGAUCUUAUCGGUGCGAGAGAACAUCACUGUGACAUGUUUCGUCACUACCCCUAGCGCAUUAUCUGGCAAUGCGACUGCCGUGAUCACGGUGAUUCCUCUCGAUGUGUUAGGUUUUACUACCGUUGGCUUAAACACUGCCUCCUUAGCACACGAGGGUCAGACAACUGUUGCGUCGACCAACACCUCCCUAACCAAUGCAAUGGUCAGCAGCAACUUUUCGGUUGGCGUCAUGAAUUCACGGCGUCCCAUUACCGCAAAACCGACUGGAAUCACGCUGCCCAGCACGUCGAUCAUUAUUGCGGUCUCUCUGGCUGUCCUGGCCACAAUUGCUGUCAUCCUCUGCAUCUGCUGCUUGCGGCGGCGCAGGCAAAGACACAGGAAACCGUUGGCGACAAGCCUCAGGUACGACAAGGUUCGACGCAGCAGCGGCGGGGACAUCCGCGAAGACUACUUUGCCGUGACCUCUCCAGCCCAAAUCCAGCCCGCUAACAACUCUGCGCCGUGCCCACUCUACGCCGUCCCGGACAAACCAAGGAGGGGUCAGCCCAGAGACCUAGAGGAAGAUCAGUUCUUAUCGAGCUCCGGUAUUCCGCUGAAAGCGGUAUCCAAAAAGCGCAGGAGGAACGGCAUCAAGAACAGACCGGCUCUAAAGCCGCCCAUCGAAAACGACACGGCACAGGACUCUACCAUCUACAUCAAACCAAAGAAGAAAUCCAAACGGGUCAAAUGGAACCUGGACAAAAAUGGGUACAGUGUCGCGGAACUGGUGGACUCCGGAACUGAAGCGGAGGCCAGCUUGGUGUAUGCCGACUUAGAGCUGGAUUCUUCGGCGGGUUGCUCUGGUUCAACCGUUGACUCGAUCCAACGGUCCACCGUGGGCACGGGAGACAAGACCAUCUACGCACAGAUUACAAACCACCGAAGUGUUACUUUGGAUUUCGGUAAUGUAUUAUAAAGACGAGUUCCAGUAUGAUUGACAAUGCUAACGGUGCAUUCCUUGAAGGUGUAUUGCAGCUUCACAUUGUUUGUAAAUUUAAUGACACGAUCAAAGUGACGUCGUGGUACCUGAAAUUUGGAAGAGGGUUAGAAAAGAAUAAAUUGAUAACUUGAUUUUUGGAAGAGGGUUAGAAAAGAAUAAAUUGAUAACUUGAUAAAGUUAUAACUGCAUGCAAUACAUUUAUGAAAACCAUAUUAUAGAUUGUACUAUUUCUAUGUAUAGUUAUUAUUCAUAAUUAUAACUAUUUUAUACUUAAAUUGUAUACGUAAA